AUGACCAAGAUCGCUAUUAUUACCGGCGGCACUAGUGGAAUCGGCCUUGCAGUUGCGAAGCACCUGAGCCAGACCGACAUCUGGCAUGUCAGCAUCAUCGGCAGAGACCGAGAGCGAGGCGAGGAAGCAGCAGCUUCCCUGUCCAAUGUCACAUUCUACCCAGCCGACGUGCGUGACUAUCAGCAGCUAGCCGCUGUGUUUGACAAGGUGUUCAACGCUACUGGUCAGAUAGACUUUGUCUUCGCGAACGCCGGAAUAGCAGAUUUCGUCGAUUUCUUUGCCCAGUCUGAGACCGGAAUUCCUCCCGAACCGAGUUCCGAAGUUAUCGAUGUUAAUCUGAAUGGCUCACUGCAUACAAGUUACCUGGCGAUGCACUAUUUCCGUCGCUCUCCGGAGUCAACGAAAGGGCAGAGGAACUUGAUACUCAUGUCAAGUAUCGGGGGACUAUACCCGUGCGUGAUCACUCCGAUGUACUCUAGUAGUAAACAUGCGCUCAUUGGAUUUACUCGCUCUAUUGGUGAGAGACUUUGGGGAGAGGGAGUUCGAGUCAAUGCUCUGUGCCCUGGGGUGGUGGAAACGCCUCUUUUCGCUGCUGGGGAACUUGAAAAGAUCUUCCCACGGGAAAUAUUUAUUCCUAUGGAUGUUGUCACGGGUGUAGUAUCACAGUUACUGUCUGGGGUGGAUAUGGUAGAUGCCAAAGGAAUGCGUGUCGCUGGUGAUGAGAUGCAUUCCCGGGCUGUUUGCGUUUCAGGAGACACCUUCUUUUUCGUUGAACAGCCCGAGAUCCAUGACGAGAAGACUCGGAUAGCCUGGGCUGCUAUGAUGGGACAUAAAUAG